AUGAUUGAUUCAAUUAAAGAAAUUAAUCAAAGAACAGAACUUGGUGAAAUUAUAACAAAGAUUAUGAAAGAUUUAAUUGAAGGAAAGUUUCGUCCUGAAUUAGAUGAAAUAAUAUUAAAACAAGAGAAACUUAUUGAUAUUCCAUAUACCAUGGAUGCUGAUAUUGAAAAUAGUUUUGAUGAUAAAGAAACAUUAUUUAGAGAAAAAGUCGAUGAAUGUUAUGAACGUGAUACUAAAUCAAAAUCAUUUGAAGAAAAAUUAAUAAAUGAAUAUAGGGAUCGAUUACAUUAUAAUAUUAAAGUAUGUAAAAUACAAGCAAUUCAAAAGAAUACAGAAAUUGUUCAAAAACGAAAAAUUGUUAGUAAAAUAGAAACUUCUUUAAAAAAAUUACAAAAUGAAUGUGAAAUUAAAAUUAUUGAAUGGCAAAAUAUUUCUAAUGAUAGUAAAACCUUGAAAAAAGAACAAACCCAAUUAACUGAAGGAAAUAUUUCUAAUGAUAAUAAAACAUCAAAAAAAGAAGAACUCAAAAAAUAUAUUGAAACAGAAAAGGAAAGAACUGAAAGAACAAUAAUAGAAGAAAUAAAGAACAAUAAAGAAAAUAUUCUUAAACAAUUACCAAAUUUUGUCAUUCUACAAAUCACAUCAGCAAGAGGUACAAUGCCAACUGAAAGUAUACCGUUUAGUUUACAACAACUCGAAAAUAACGUAAGGUGCCGGAAGGGCAAAAAUGCAGCAGACGUAAAAGUGGUCGAAUCAUACACCAUUCGAUAGCCCUGACAAUUCUGACCCAUGGUCAUAGUCAUCAGAUUUGACUUUAAAUGAAAUCUUCAGGG